AUGAAAAUAAAUCCAAGCGUUCUUUGCCGUGCUGUUUCAUUGUUACAUUCGAUGGAUUCUGAGGUAAUUAUGGAAAUAAUAAAAAAGGAACUUAACCUUGGUACUAUCAAGGAAUUAAGAUUCAGAUUCAGUGGCGGAUGUAUUAAUAGAGCUAAAGCAUACAGCACUGAUAAAUAUGGUGAUAUUUUUGUGAAAUUUAAUGAUAACGAAAAGGCGCAGGAAAUGUUUGAUGGUGAAUUUGCGAGUUUGCAAGCGUUGUUAGAUACGAAUACAAUUAGAGUACCGAAACCAAUCAAGAGAUUUUCGGUAGGCGGUGAAUGUUGCUUGGCAAUGGAAUUGUUGGAUAUGCAUGGUCCAUCAGAUUUUGAGAAACUUGGUACCAGUAUCGCCAAAUUACAUUUACAUAACAAAUUCUUACUGGAAGCAAGUAAAGGUAGCCAGUCAACAAUUGGCGGUGCUGAUAAACAUCCAAAACCAAUUGAAAAAUUUGGAUUUGACAUACUUACAUAUAGUGGGUAUUGCCCGCUUAUUAAUGAUUGGUCGGAUGAUUGGGUGGAAUUUUAUUCGCGAAAUCGACUGAAAAAGGUUAUUGAUAUCAUUGUUGAGAAAACCGGUGAUCGGGAAUUGCUGACAUUAUGGCCAAAAUUGGAACGAAAAAUUCCGGAAUAUUUCAAGGAUUGUGAUAUAUAUCCGUGCUUGUUACAUGGUGAUCUUUGGUCCGGUAACUAUUCGUUCACCAAGGAUGGGCCAGUAGUGUUCGAUCCAGCAUCCUUUUACGGACAUAGCGAAUAUGAGUUCGGCAUCUUGACUAUGUUCGGUGGUUUCCCUCAAGCUUUUCACACAGCGUACCACAAAAUGAUACCGCAAACCACAGGAUUCAACCAACGUGUGCUUCUUUAUCAGCUUUUCCAUCAUUUGAAUCAUUGGAAUCACUUUGGUACCGGGUAUAAACAAGGUGCAUUAAGCUUAAUGCGAAACCUUUCAUGA